AAAUUAGUCACCAAAGUUUUAACAUUGUUGAUGUGAAGCCUGCAAACAUGGAGGAUUUGACUGGUUUGAGGAACAAGAAGCUGCUGGCUUCGGGUCUUUUUUCACAGAGAUCAUAGCAUCAAUCUCAGACAUUAAGUUUGCCAAGGAUGGAAGACAUAUACUAAGUCGUGACUACAUGAACCUCAAGUUGUGGGACAUAAAUAUGGAUUCUGGUCCCUUUGCAACUUUCCAGGUUCAUGAAUGUCUUAGACCUAUGCUUUGUGAUCUAUAUGAAAAUGAUUCAAUCUUUGACAAAUUUGAGUGUUGUCUAAGUGGAGAUGGACUUCGAGUGGCUACUGGUUCCUACAACAAUCUGAUUUGGGUAUUUGGUUGUUCUGAAGGUAGUACAGAAGCAACAACACUGGAAGCCAGCAAAAACCCCAUGAGGAGACAAGGUCAGACAUCAUCAAGGCCUUCAAGAUCUCUUGGUACUUUCUCUGGUGUUGUUAGACGAGGUAUGUGUUUCACAUCCUUCUUACCAAGUCCAAAAAUUUGAGAUGUCUUGAUUUGUAUUCCAUCAGUUUAAUUUCUUCCCCCUUAUUUUUGCAUAAUAAAUUCAGUGUCACUGGUUUGUGAUUUUGCUUAUUAGUGAAUUAGGAUUCUAGCCUUUUUGCAAGUAGUUUUCAAACAUUAAUUGAGUCAUGGAAAGGAAUUAUAAUUAGGAUUCUAGCCUUUUUACAAGUAGUUUUUGAACACUAAUUGAGUCAUGGAAAGCAAUUAUAUAUUUUUUCUUUUAUAUAUAUAUUCUUGAGGUUUAUUUAACAUCUAUGUAUCUAUUCUCUUCUUUCCAUUUUCAGUGAAAGGAAGAGAUAACUAGGGAGUUGAUGCUAACGGGAAUUCGUUUGAUUUCACAACAAAGUUACUUCACCUAGCAUGCCAUCCAACUGAAAAUUCUCUAGCUUGUGAUGCAUCAAACAGUCUUUACAUGUAUUAUGCAUGAAGAUGAUCUAACAAAGCUCGUGAUUAUUUUAAUGGGAAGAGCUUUUGCUGCUUGCUUUUGGAGAGAUUGCUUUGCCUUUUCCCUGAUUAGUGAUGUGGAAGCUGCAGCCAUUUAUCAGACUCUUGGUGAUUCAUUGAAAUUUUCUAUCAUGUCUUAUACUAGAGCUCAAUGUUGCUGGUGUUGAUUUGUCGACAAAGUACAUUGAGUUAUGCUUCCAGGCAGAUCAUGCCCACUAAUUUAAUAUUCUUUGUAGGGAUAGACACAGUGCUGUCUCUUUCUGUUUUGUUUAGGUGGAAGAAAAUAUGAUGAUUAGCAAUCCAACUACUGAAACAAAAGCUGUCUCUAAUUAGGCUGCAAUGUUGCUGGGUGUGAGACUAAAGGGAUGUCAACCAAAUCCAAGGAAAAGGAGCUAUAUUGGUGCAUCAGUUUCCAUGGAUAUAGUUUGAGCCCUUGUGCUUAAAUCUUGUACCAUUUUAACUUUAAUUGUGAAAUUUCAUUAUGACUAUUGUUAUUUAAUUUCUAACUAUUCUUUCAAUUCCCCCACGGAAUUGCUUGUUUAUGGUGGUUUUGGGAUGAAGUAGAAGCCCUCGUCUAACCCCUCAUUUAGUCAUUGGGGUAGUCGAUGAGAAUGGGUGAUGAUGCUGUGAGAAUAGAAUAAAUGGAAUAUUUCCCAUCAAUCAUUUAAAUAAAGCAUAAUUCAAAUUUCUGACCUGAUCAAAAUUAUUAUAGCAACUUGCCUAGUAUAGUUGUUAAAUUUUAAAUGCCAAUACUAGUAGUUGAAGUGUUGAAAUUAAAGAUUGGGGAACUAAAAGGAAGUUUGAACAAAAAGAACAGAGAAUUGAUCCCCUGGUGCGAAGCAGCUCUUAUACAAGAAAUCACAUCCCUAGUCAGCACAAAAAAUAUAAAAAGAAAUCAAAGUUUUUAACCAAUAGUUGCAGGAGCUAACAA